GGCGCUAAGCACUCACACACACAAACACACACAGACAGCACGCAGAAAUGGCUGAUUCUGAUACAGAUGAUGUGCCGACGCUGCCGGCUGAUACUCUCGCAAUCUUGCAACAAUUUCAACAGGAACAGAUCGAAAGGCUGAAGAAGCUUGAAAAUGCUGGACCGAAUCCGGACACCGAAGCGAAUGACAUAGAAAUUGACGAAGACUGGCAAUUAAGUCAGUUUUGGUAUGAUGACCACACUGCCAAUGCGUUAGCCAAAGAGGCUCUACGAUGUGUCGGAGAGGAAGGGAGAAUCGCCUUAAUUUCCUGCCCAACUCUUUACCGACCACUUGCACAGCUUAAAGGUCCUCGGUGCACAGUCAAUCUCCUUGAGUAUGACAGGCGAUUUGCUGUGUAUGGCGACAACUUCAUAUAUUAUGAUUACAACUCGCCUUUGGAACUACCUGUUAAUCUUAAAGGAUCCUUUGAUUUAGUUAUUGCUGAUCCCCCAUUUUUGUCAGAAGAAUGCCUGUCAAAAGUUUCCACCACCAUUAAACACCUAUCCAAGGACAAAAUCAUCCUAUGCACAGGUGUUGUCAUGCAACAGUUAGCUGAGAGCCUACUGAGUCUGAAGAAGUGUUGUUUUGUGCCACACCACAAAAAUAAUCUGGGGAAUGAAUUUGGAUGCUUCUCAAACUACGAUGUGGACAGUUUUCUCAAACCUCAAUAAUUUUACAUUAUUCCAGAAUUAAUCUUAUCAUUUAUUAAAAAUUUUGAAUUUAUGAACUUAUUAGUGUUUAAAACAAUUUAACAAUGUAAUCCUUAUUCACUUGGUGCAUUUAAAAAACAGAAGUGCUGA